AAUUUUUAUAAAAUAAGAAUAUAUUAAAUUUAAUGAUAUUUUAAUACAUUAUUCUUAAAAUGGUAAAAUACAUACAUAUUUUCUACUAACAGAUGAAUACAUUAAUUUAAACACGUGAAAAAAACAAACAAAAUCUAUCCUCAUCGAAGGCCACCAAUGUUGCCGUUGUUGUCGUCAUCUCCUCUGCUUUUCCUUCAUUCUACACCACGGAAGCUCCCUUGGUUGUUUCUCCAAGAGACCAUCCUCGCAAGCUGAGUUUUACAUCUCAAUCGUUCCUUCAGCUCUUGUCUCAUCCUUCUUAUCCAAGCUUCCAUGUCUUCCCGCAAGAUUGACACAGUUUUUCUGAGUAUCAUCGUCGCUCAUGGAUGCAAAGUGGUAGUGAAUGCUCGACCUUCCACUACUGACGAAGGAUAUGUUGCAAUCCGGCAUUGGCGAUUCUGCUAAAAAAAGGAGCUCUUCCAAAUCCCUAGCCGUCGUCGCUCACUCUUCCAACCUGUGAGAUUGCGGCCGCUGACUCCUUCAUCCAAGAGAUCGCUGCCGACUCUUUCGAGUCCGUCGGGAACUGCGUCCCCGCGAAGCCGAAAAUGGACUCGAGAAAGAUUCUCAGGCGCUAUGGAGGUGGAACCACAAUGGCGGCGAUUUGAAAUUGAAGCCGGUCAUUAAGGCUCUGGAAAUCAAGCAGAUAGGCACCUCUUCUGUCCGAUUCAGUCUCCACUCACCAUGCGACGCUUGCCAGGCAGCUCAACGACCGCGACAAGAAGGGAUUCGUUGUUCAAUUGAUCGAUUACUCGUGCUGCGAUGUUCAGAAUCUCAGGUCGGGGUUGGUGGCGGGGACUCUGGCGACGGAGGUGUAAGCGGGGGAUUCGCGAACAGUAGAGUGAAGGAACCUUGGUCGCGGGAGGAAGAUGCGUUGCUAGAUAAACUGGUGAGAAGCCAGCUGCAGCUGGAGAGGAAGGAGAAGGAGAUGAGGAGGACGAAGGGCAAGCUGGGGAUGAUGUUAAAGUAUGAUGAUGAUGGUGAUCUAAUCAUUUGCAGGGUAAUCUUACUGGUUUAUGCUUUGGUGAAGCAGAAGGUAUAACCUUAACUGGUAGCUGGGAAGAAGUAUAGAAUAAUGGAGAAGAGUGUGAUUGAAUCAGCCUAUAUAAAGUGGCGUACUAUUAUGAGACAGAAGGAUGGGGAAAUGAAUUUGUAGAGGCUAACUAUGUAAGUAUCUCUCGUCUGUUUGUCUUUUAUUUGUUCUUAAUUUAUCGCCUUUUAAUUAGCAAAUGAAUAGAUAUUGAACCAUUCAGUUCUGGACAUCAAGUAGAUAGGCACCUAUCUUCAACGAUUAAGUCUCCACUCACCACGCGAUGCUCGCUGGGCAGCUAUGUUCAGAAUCAGAGGUGAGUUUCUCAUCUCUUAAUUGCUUCGUCGUUACUCUUAGCAUUUGGAGAGUUGAAAUGCAUAUACUUGUACAGUGAUUCUGUGUUUUGUGUAAUGGUUGAGAAGGAUUAUACGCCGGAGAAGGAAAGGGAGGGUAAGGUUUAUUUAAGAAGUAGGGAUUUUUCAUCUUUUUCUCUUUCGCACCUCAUUGGAGUAAUAGAUCUGAAUGGUCUGUCAUAGUACUAACUGCUAACCCAUAUAUUUUAUCCACCCUGAGCUUUCUCAUAAAAUCGAGCUGGUUAUUUGGAUGCAACAGGAGAAGCAAAAGGAUUUGAAGGAUUUUGCAGCAGAUGAUUUCAACAUUGGCAUCUCAGAUUCCUGGGAUGAUGGUGUCAAUACAGUAGAUUAUCAUGCUCCUCUGUUUGGAAUAUUUACUUUUUCUCAUUUUUGUACUUAAGUUUUUUUGGUAGUUGUGAACUACAACUGCUGUUGGCGAAUGUAAAUAGAUAUUUGGUUGGAAAUAAUGAUGGU